AUGGCUUCGAGAGCAUGGAGGUAUAGUAUAGAAGGCGUGCUGUUAGCCCUGGAAACAGAUAUGGAGAAUGGCGUCAGAGGUGAUCAAACAGACAUUGACAGCAGAAGAAAAGCCUUCGGCUCUAAUCUUCUUCCCGAGUAUAAUCUGCAAAAAACACUUCGCCGUUUGGUGUUGGAAGCAAUUAGAGAUCCCAUGAUAGCUGUUUUGUUUAUCUGUGCUGUGCUUUCUCUAUGUUUUGGCAUUGAAAAACAUGGCCUACGACAAGGAUGGCAAGAAGGGUUGACAAAAAUACUUGCUAUUCUUGUAGUGGUAAUUGAUUCCUCCAGCGGAAAAUUCUGUUAUCAGCAGCGAAUUCCAAUAUGUCAUGUUCUUGUCGGAGACAUAGUUUUCCUAAAGCCUGGCGAUCAAGUUCCUGCCGAUGGAUUGUUCAUAGAUGGCUGUUCACUGAAUACAGAGAUGAUGAAGACAGAUGGUACAGUUGUGGAUGGUUAUGCCAGAAUGCUAGUGACAGGAUUUGGCAAGAACGUAAAGCACCAUGGAAUUUCUUUGAGGGGGUCUUUAAUUGACGAGCUCAAAAGAAUCACCUCUAUAGUAGGCAAAUCUGGUAAGACAGUUGCUCUGCUGACAUUUAUGGUAUUUUUGGUACGUUUCUUGACAGGCAAACUACAUGAUGAUAACGGAAAAAGAGUGUCUUUUGGUGGAGAAACAAGAAUUGGCGAUGUUCUUGCUGUCAUUGUUGGGAUUCUGGCUACUCCAACAAUGAUUGCUUUGACAUCUACUCCAGAAGAUUUGGUUUCGGCUGUCCGAACGUGUCUUGCUUAUUCAAUGAAGAGACUGAUGAAGAUUCAAAUUAUUGUGAGAGAACCUUUAAUCUGCCAUAAAGUAGCAUCUAUCACCACUGUCUGCAUGAAUAAAACUGGAACCUUAACUAUGGAUUCCAUGGAGGUGACCAAGUUCUGGCAAGGUCUAAACUCCAUUGAAGAAGUUCAGCAUAAUUUGAUUGCUCCAAGUGUGCUUGAAUUACUGCACCAAGGAAUUGGUUUAAACACUACUCAACCCCCUUCAAGGUCUUCAUCAUCAUCCUCUAUAAAUUCAACUGAGAAGACAAUUUUUGAGUGGGCAAUUAAGCAGUUAGAUAUGGAUGUGGAAAGUCUGAAGAAAAGCUGCACUAUUCUUGAAAUCAACCCAUUAAAAUCGAAGAAUAGGCAAAGCGGGGUUUUGAUUAGUAAAAAUGGUGACAAUACGAUUCACGUACAUAGAAAGGGAGGUCCAGAAGUGAUAAUUCCAAUGUGUUCUCAUUAUUAUGAGAGUACUGGAAAUGUAAAAGUGAUGAACAAAGGUUCCUUGGCUUUAUCUGAGCAAAUUCUUGCAGGCAUGGCAGAAAAUGGCUUCAGAUAUAUAGCUUUUGCACACGGGAAAACAUCAAUAAGAGAUUAUUUCACCUUCUCUCGACAGCAGCUGAUUCUAUUAGGCCUUCCUGGUGAAGUGAUAGAUGGUGAGGAAUUCAGGAAGUUUAGCUCAGAAGAGCUAAUGGCGAAAAUUGAAAAUAUCUGCGUGCUGCCAAGAGCCACUCCUGAUGACAAGUUACUUAUGGUCCAAUCUUUGAAGCAGAAAGGCCAUGUGGUUGCAUUCAUUGGACGAGGCAUUGGAGAUGCACAAGCCCUUAGAGAAGCAAAUGUAGGACUUUGUUUUGGAACCCAAGGGGCAGAAAUUGUCAAAGCAUGCUCAGCCAUUGUCAUGUCAUGCAAAGAUUUUCCUUUCAUCAUUGAUAUUUUGACAUGCGGUCGGGGAAUAUACGACAGUGUCCAGAUUUAUACUCAGUUUUUGCUCAUUGCAAGUUUUGUGCUUUGGUGA